AUUCGCAAACGAGGUGGAACUGCGGCCCAACAGCAACAAAAAAAAGAAAAAAAAAAGAAAAGGUGAGUCGGAAAGGCAAAAGGCGAGCCCCCUCGAGGCCUCGACCCGCGAUCCCCGCGCACCGGCCGCCGGCGAUCGCCGCCGCCAUGGAUGCGAUGCGCUUCCCCUUCGGCGGCGGAAGAUUUCCGGCCCGCGCACGUUCGUGAGGGGCCCUCCGCCACGCGCCCGCCCCGGCCCCGAGUCCGAGCUCGCUCCCCGCGCCCGCGCCAAUAUCGCCCACCUCGGGGGUGCGCCGCGCCUGCGCCUGCGCCAUCGCCCUCCCCGCGCCAUCGCCUUGGGGCGGAGCGGAUCCGGAUCCACCAACAUGUGGCUUUUCUGGCGCACCAGGAACCGCUUCUCCCUCGAGGAGCUCCGGUACCUAACAGAUCAGCUGCAAAAGGUUCAUGCCGUCAACGAAGCUAAUCAGGAUGUCGUGAUUGAAGCACUGAGAUCGAUUGCCGAGCUUAUGAUAUACGGCGACCAGCACGAUCCAUCGCUUUUUGAGUAUUUCAUGGAGAAACAGAUCGUGGGUGAAUUCGCUCGUAUCCAAAGGAUCUCUGAUCUGUCAAGAGUGUCACUCCAGUUGCUGCAGACAAUGGGCAUCAUGAUCCAAAAUCUCAGACAUGAACAUUCAGUUCAUUACAUUUUGAGCAGUGAGCACAUCAACUUCUUCGUCACGCACCCAUUCGAUUUCCGGAUCGAUGAGUUGUUGUCCUACUACAUAUCUUUUCUCCGGGCGAUAAGUGGGAAGCUGAACAAGGAUACAAUUUCUUUGCUGGUGAAGACGGAAGACGAUGAGGUCACUUCCUUUCCUCUCUAUGUCGAGGCCUUGAAGUUUGCUUUUCACCAGGAUAGCAUGAUUCGAGUUGCUGUACGUACCUUGACGCUCAAUGUCUACCACAUUGGAGAUGAAUCUGUUAACAGAUUUGUUUCCCGUGUGCCUGUAUCAGAUUAUUUUUCAGACAUGGUCCAGCAUUUUCAGAAGCAGUGCAUUGACUUGGAUAAGCUGGUUGCACACUCCUCGCAAACUGCAGAUUUUUCUCUGCCAAUGUCUUGUGUUGAAGAUGCGAUUGUGCAGAUUGAAGACACACUGUAUUAUUUCAGUGAUGUUAUGUCUUCUGGUAUUCCAGAUCUUGAAAGGUUCAUCACUGACAAUUUCUUGCAAGCUGUGGUGUUUCGGUUAUUACUACCGUCAUUGCUGAGGCAGAGCAUAGAUUUGGACCUAAGUGUCACUACAUCCAUGUAUCUGCUUUGCUGUAUACUGCACAUUUUGAAGAAUAAGGAUAUGGCAAGUACUGUAGCUGCUGCACUUUUUCAUCAACCUGAUUGCCCUGAUGAAACGAAGCAAGGGACACCUCCUGAUGGGUAUACAUCUGAGCAUGAUAAUUGCAGGUCUGAGAAUCAUUGCAACACUGCCUCUGCUGUCGAGCAAUCAAAUGAGGAUGAGCCAAAUUCUCUGUCUUCUGUUAGUUGGGAACGCUUGCCCAACCAUUCGCUGCCAAGUGAUUGCUGCCAAGGCAACACGCCAAGGGAACACUUGCUGUCCUAUAUCACAGAAGGAGAUGAUUCACAAGCUUUGGGUUCAUUGUGCUUAUUCGCUACAUUACUGCAGACGAAAGAACUUGACGAAUCAAUGCUGGAUGCACUUGGAAUCCUACCUCAUAGAAAGCAGCAUAAGAAGCUUCUAUUACAAGCUUUAGUAGGUGAAGACCUUGCUGAAGGACAAUUAUUUUCGUCAAGCAGCGGUCUAAUUGAUGACAACAUUCACAGUGAUUUUGAUAUUUACGUGAGGAAGCUUCAGGAUAAAUAUGGUCUACAGUGUCAUCAUCCACGGGCACGGCAAAUGACUUCCGAAGCUCACAGAUAUCAGGUGCUCGAUGCUUUGGUCGACCUUUUCUGCAGAUCGAAGGUUUCUGCAGAUGUUCGCUUGGUUUGUGGUUGGCUUUUCCGGCAACUGCUGCCCCAAGGAGAGGAAGAAUUCACUGCUUUUCAUCUAAGACGACUAAAGGAUUCACACAAGGAUUGUAUCUCAAAGCUUUCGGAGGAAUCUGGAGGAUGCUGGUGUGACAUGCUUCUUCCUAUCAUUAAAGACGCUUGGAGGAACUGCAAGAAAGAAAUUGAGGCAUCUUCAGUUGCCAUCGCAGAGGGAGUCUAUGCGAUGGUUAAGCAUAGCAUUCUUGCUAGUUGUAGGAAAGAUGAUGAAGACUGCCAAGAGGAAAGCCUGCCCAAUAAAUACUUAGAAUAUCUUUCAUGCAUCUCCAAGGACAUAGAAACAUUUUGCUGGUGCAAGCAACCAAUGGGGAAAGUAGACAUCGAUACUAGCAGAAUGGAGGAAUACUCACACAGCUAUACUGAACCGCUGAUGUUGACUGGUGACACGAAGAGAGGUUGUACAAGGGAUACUUUCAGCAGCUAUAAGCUGCAAGUGCUUACCGUGCUCAAAACAAUUGCUAUAAACUGCAACAGCUUAACAUGCUGAACACUUGAGCUGAACAUUUGUGAAGCUUACAGAGGAGGAUCGGGUUCUUGGCCAGCUGCCAUAUUCCGGACUAUGGAUUCAACUGUGCUUCAGUGUUGUCUUUUUUGGAUAAUUCGAAUCACUUUGAUUCAUUUGAAUCAGAGAAAUAAGAUUAACCCUAUAUUACCUCAAAAAAAAAAAAACCCGCCACCAGCCCUAGGCUCUGUUUGAAUGUAAAACAUUUAUAGAUUUUUUUAAAAAAAUUACCAUGGUUUUCUUCUAAAA